AAUCUGGGUUUGUCUUCUUCUUCCCUUGCCUCUCCUUAAAACCAUUAUCGUGUCCUGCCUGAAAUCAACAGAUCUCUCAAAAUUCAAUGGCUGCAUUACCAGUUUUCAUACCAGCCGAGUCUUUUCCAUCGAUCCUCUCACAUGAAGCCUUGAUCAAUCAUUUCCGGACCAAUCUUCCCAAACAUUCUUCAACAAUCACAAGCCCUAUCCGACAAAACUACACCGUUUCACCCCCUUCCUCACUCCUCCUCAUGCCUUCUUGGUCAUCUUCUCCUUCUCUCCCUUACAUGGGCGUCAAGCUUGUGACCUACUUCCCUCAUAACUCCUCACAGAACUUACCUGGGAUUCAUGGAUCCUACACACUCUUCUGCUCCACUACAGGCCAAACCCUAGCUUCAAUGGACGGUACUGUUUUAACCCUUUACCGUACUUCCUCUGUCUCAGGGUUAGGCUCCAAAAUCCUUGCUAGAGACGAUAGUCAGGUGUUGAUCAUGGUUGGUUCCGGUGCUCUCGCACCACACCUGAUCAAAUCCCAUCUAGCGGCGAAACCAAGCUUGAGAAGAGUGAUCAUAUGGAACAGAACUCACCAAAAGGCUAAGGAUUUAGCUGAAACUCUCUCUAAGGAUGCUCAACACAAGGAGGUCUCAUUCGAGAGCCAUGAUUCGUUAGAUGAUAUCAUUCCUCUAGGAGAUAUUAUAAGCUGUGCAACAAACUCAACUGUUCCAUUGGUCAAAGGUGAGUUCUUGAAACCCGGAGCUCAUCUUGACCUUGUUGGAUCGUUUAGCCAUGAAAUGAGGGAAUGUGACGACAAUGCGAUACAAAGAGGGAGUGUGUUUGUGGAUAACGACACUGCGAUGGUAGAAGCGGGAGAGCUCGUUGGAGCGUUUGAGAGAGGAGUGAUAAAGAAAGAGGACAUUUGUGGGGAUUUGGUGGAAUUGAUCAAAGGUGACAAAGAAGGGAGAAAGAGUUCAACAGAAAUAACGGUUUUUAAGUCAGUUGGUUCGGGUACUGUAGAUCUCUUGACCGCGCAACUUGUUCACGAGACUUUUCUCAACCGUUGUUAAGUAGUGAAUGAAUCUCAUUUGAACCUUGUGUUUUGUGUCAACUGAUACAUUGGCAUCAGCCAUUUGUUAUAUAGAUGCAGUUUUGUUGUCAAA